AUGGCGCCGUCGCAGCUCAAACAAUUGAAGGCAUCCUUGCGGGAGCAUGGAGUCUUAGGCCCUCAAAAGUCCAAGAAACAGAAAAAAGCCACCUCGAAAGAUGGCCAAAAACGCCUCCAGCGGAAUGCGGCCCUCGAAGGGAUCCGGGAACGGUUCAAUCCUUUCGAAGUCAAGGCUCCGGCCCGCAAAGAAAAGUUCGAAUUUGCCAGUGGGAAACACUCGAAGCCUGCGGUCGGCAGACCCGGUGUCACACGUGGGCUGGGCGAGGAAAGACGGCGGGAGACCUUGUUGAAAGAGAUCCAGAAUCGCAACAAAGUCGGCGGACUCCUCGAUCGCCGGUUCGGAGAGAGUGAUCCAACCAUGACUCCAGAAGAGAAGGCAGCGGAGAGGUUUGCUCGCCAGGCCGAGCGGAAGUUGAAGAAGACAUCCAUGUUCAACCUGGAGGACGACAGCGAGGACGAGAUCACCCUCACGCACGGCGGGCAAUCGCUUGGCCUCGGAGAGAGAACGAAAGACGACUUUAACGAAGAUGAUAUCGGCUCGCUCAACAGCGGAGAUGAAGACUUCGAGGCACAAGAUGAUAGGCCGCGUAAACGCUUGCGCAUUGAGGACGGCGAAGGUCUCGUCGAGGAGGGAGACUCUGAGAUACCCGAGAGGAAGAAGACCAAGAAUGAGGUCAUGAAGGAAGUCAUAGCCAAGUCGAAAAUGUACAAGGCCGAGCGGCAAGCGGCCAAAGCCGACGACGACGACCUACGCGCCGAGUUAGACAAGGGUAUGAGCGAGUUCUACGCCGCACUUCGAGGCCACAAGCCAGCAGGAAAUCAACUACCGUCACCGCCAACCACAGAAAGCGAACCGCACAUGGACCCUGCGCGAGCUGCAAUGCUGGCAGGCAAGAGCAGAGAGGAUGCAGAGAAGGAGUACGAGGCCAACCUAAGACAACUGAGAUUGGAAGCCCGAUCGCAGCCCAGCGUGCGGACCAAAACGGACGAGGAAAAGGCCGCCGAGGAAGCCGCGCGGCUGGAGGAAUUGGAAAGGAAGCGAAUACGCCGAAUGAAGGGCGAAGCUGAAAGUUCCGAAGACGAAGACGAAGACGAUGCAGGCGCAGACGCAGACGCAGACGCAGACGCAGAACUUGGCCCAGACGAGGAUUUUGGUGAAGACGAUGCUGAAACAUUUGGACUGACUGUCCCGCCGUCGCGGCCGCCACCACCCCCCCAGAGGAAAGAGCUUGAUGUGGAAGACGAAGACGAAUUUGUGCUCGAUGACGAUCUCAUUGCGUCCGACUCGGAAGCCGACGGGGCAAGCGAGCAAGAUGCCGAAGAUUCUAGUUCCGAGGACGAGUCAGAGGAUGAUGGAGACGAUGAUUUCAUCAACGGACUAGUCCUUCCAGAAGGAACGCAACUAGCCACGGCACCGAAAACGACAGAAAAGCGCUCGAUGAACAACAAUCUCGCCUACACUUUCCCUUGCCCUCAGAGCCAUGAUGGAUUCCUGGACGUGCUGAAGGACACCAAGUUGGAGGACCUACCGACAAUCGUCCAGAGAAUUCGUGCUCUGUACCACAAAGGCCUUGCCCAGGGUCACCAGGAAAAGCUAGAUGCGUUUGCUGGAGUUUUGACACAGCAUGUUGCUUACUUGGCGGACUCUGAGACUGACGUUCCCUUCUCCGUACUCGAAGGUCUGCUGCGCCAUUUGCACUCGAUGGCGAAGAGCUCGCCCGAAGCUGUGGGCGCUGCUUUUAAGAGUCAACUCGAGACUAUCGCAGACGAGCGACCGCUUCAACUUUCUCCUGGAGACUUGGUCAUUCUAACCGGCGUCUCCACCAUCUUCCCUACUUCGGACCACUUCCACACAGUUGUGACACCUGCGAUGCUAACUCUUGGCCGCUACCUCGGGCAGAGCUCUAUUCAGUCAUUGAGAGAUCUUGGUAUAGGGGCUUAUUGCUCUUCUCUAGCGCUUCAGUAUCAGAGACUGUCCCAGAGAUACGUUCCAGAGGUGGUUACUUAUAUCACGAAUGCCUUGGCGAUCCUUUCGCCCACCUCCCUUCCAGACAAAGACCAGGACGGAAGAUCAUGGAACUUCCCCAUCAGACUACCCGCAAAGCCACUACGCGUGCAGAUGACUGCUGCAGAGGUCCCAGAGAAACUGAUUUUCAAACAACUCGUGGUGGAGGACACCGGCGCACGAGAUAGCAACGUCCACGCUCUGGCCUUGCUCGGCGGCUUUAUACGCCUCUCCGUGCAGACCGCAUACUUGUGGAGGCAGAAGUCGGCGUUCCCAGAACUGGUUUCGCCGCUCGUUCACGCGGUUGGUCACAUUGCUGGCCAGUCGGCCAAGCUUCCCAAGUCGAUUGUCAAGCUUGCAGCCGACACCCUGGAAACCCUCCAGAGCCUGCAAGAAGCAGCAAUUGAUUCGCGGUUGCCCCUGCUCUUACACAACCACCGGCCGCUCGCUAUCAAGACGUCCAUCCCUGCCUUCAUUGACAACUACAACCCGGGCCGACACUACGAUCCUGACCAACAACGGGCACAAAUCUCGAAACUCAAAGCCGAAUACAAGAAGGAACGUAAGGGUGCCAUGCGUGAGUUGCGCAAGGACGCCAACUUCAUGGCCAGAGAGCAGCUCCGGGAGAAGAAGGAGAAGGACGACGCGUACGAUAAGAAGUUCAAAAGGUUGGUGGCGGAGAUUCAAGGCGAGGAGGGCAGAGAGAAAAAGGAGUAUGAGAAGGAGAAGAGAAAGAGACAAGGGCGGUUUUGA